AUGGAGGAAUUCAGCGUAUUAGCUCUGCUCGACCGUUGUGGUUCCUUAGAAGCACUAUGCACAAUUUUCGUAUGUCAGCCAUCUCUCGUCGAUAUUUCUAUUGAGUUGGAAAAGACUCAGAACUUCUUACGAGAAUUAAUAAGUGUGUGCCAAAUGUCUGUUGUCGAACUGCUUGAACUCGAUCUGUUCAAAUCUAUGGAGGGUUGUCCUGCGCAUUUUCUCCCACCACAUACAGUCAGUGAAAAAGCCGAACAUUAUAAAAUUAUGGCUAUCCGAGCACUUGUAGCACUCUACAAGUCGCUACUGCGUGACGUCUCUGGAAGUGUAAGCAUGGACAUUUCAUUAGCAACCGAAGGCAAUAGGGAGGACAAAGUGACUCUAUGUAGAAUUGGUUGUGUUGCCGUCGAAAGUGUUUUGUGCCCAUUGAAAUCCGUAGUGCAGGCAGCGGAGGAUGCACUCCUGCAGGUCGCUCCUGUUAAUGGCAAUUGUGUAGGAAAAGUUGGAGAGCAUGUCUUUGCUCAAUUUCGUGAGCCACACUGUGAACGCCGUAAUUCUGAAAGC